GUCGCACGUCGUUGAGGUUUCUCUCCAAACAUUUCUUUCUUAUGUUUGCUAGCUGUUGCGGACAGUAGCUGAAUACAUACGUAGUUUUAACCAUUAUAAACACGUUGCAGUUUUGACUGUUAUAAUCAUGUUUUCGUUUAUUUGUCCGUGACGCCGUUCUUACCUGUCAUUAACUGGCCGGUGUUCAAAGAUUACAUAGUUUAAGGAUGUAUUGUCUCUUGUUGCACUGUUGGUCGAAAACUAAACCAGCAGACAAAUCAAUAUGGAUCUUCCAACAGUGAAACAGAAAAUCACGAUUCUCUGUCAUGGGCUUUAGUGACCAAACACAGGGUUUCCCCGCUGAUUGUGCAGACUUGUUAUUCUCUUCUUCGGCAACUUACAAACUUCUGCUGAUAUGCAUAUGGCUACAAAUUAAUAAAGAAAAUCGGAGAGGGCACAUUUUCAGAGGUGCUGAAAACUCAGAGCCUUAAAGAUGGGAAGUUCUACGCAUGUAAAACAAUGAAGCAGACAAUUAAUAGCCUGGAGCAGGCCAACAACCUGCGGGAAGUCCAGGCAAUGAAGAGACUGAGCCCUCAUGCAAAUAUCAUCCAGCUGCAUGAACUGAUUUUUGACAAAGAAACUGGAACUGUGUCUCUGAUUUGUGAGCUGAUGGAGAUGAACAUCUAUGAGCUCAUACAAGGACGGGAAACGCCACUACCUGACCAUACAAUAAAGCUCUACAUGUACCAGCUUUGCAAGUCACUUGAACACAUGCACAGCUGUGGGAUCUUUCACAGAGAUGUGAAGCCAGAGAACAUCCUCAUCAAACAAAAUGGUCUGAAGCUUGGCGACUUCGGCUCGUGUCGGAGUGUGUACUCCAAACCCCCGCACACAGAGUAUAUCUCCACGCGCUGGUACAGAGCCCCAGAGUGCCUCCUCACCGAUGGGUACUACAGCUUAAAGAUGGACAUCUGGAGUGCCGGUUGUGUCUUCUUCGAGAUAAUGAGUUUGAAUCCUCUCUUCCCUGGAACUAAUGAGUUGGACCAGGUUUCCAAGAUUCACAAUGUGCUGGGGACGCCAGAUCCAAGCAUCCUCCAAAAGUUCAAACAGUCUAGAGCAAUGCAUUUCAACUUCGCCCCUAAGAAAGGCACCGGUAUUUCACGCUUAAUCCCUAGCUGCCCGGCUCCAGCUCUGUCAUUGCUCUAUCAGAUGCUUGCCUAUGACCCCGAUGAACGCAUCACUGCAGAAACAUCCCUGCGGCACACAUACUUUAGGGAAAUCAGGCUGGCAGAGAAGAAAGCGGAGACUCUUCACAGACUUUCUGGGACUAUAGAUGGAGUGGAAAGUAGUGGGACACACGGCUCCUUGGACCACAUGUGGCGUCCAGCCAGACUUGGCAAACAGCUGAGGGGAAGACACACAAGGCAAACACCUUUGCUGAGCCACAACAUGAAGCAUGCAGCAGAGCCCCUCGUCAGACGGAACAUCCCGCAUUAUCCUGCAGAGCUGCCCAAGCUCAACAUGGUCGUACCAGGACCACAGAUCUCCUCCACUGUGCCUACAUUUACUGUCACCCACCGAGGCACACUGCCAGCCAUCACAUCGAAAAAGUGCCAGUCACGGUUGGUCAAGCCCCGCGAUGAGUCACGCCAUGCAGCUUUCAAGACCUACUACAUGCCACCUCUGGAUAGGAAACACGGAGGAUACUGAGCGCCAAAAACACUAAAGCGAUUGAUCAAAACUUGCCUGUUAAAACAGGACAGACCCGAUUAACUGAGAGGACAAUGUUUGGACAGGCCUGAUUCUGAAAUCCGUAAGGCAACACAACCACGCUUGAGUAAAACAAGACCGCCAAGCCUGUCAUUUUACCAGUUAUGACUGCUACACCAAACUGUUUAACCCUCACUUUUAUGACAAAAUUCAAUGUGAUAUCAUAUAAACAAUCUGUCAUUAUGUUGGA